GGCCCCUCCCCCUCCCGGCGGCGGCGGCGGAGCCGGGCGCGGCUGGCGGCGGCCCCGAGGCGCGGCCGGGCGGGAUCAUGGCGGACGGCGUGGACCACAUCGACAUCUACGCCGAUGUGGGCGAGGAGUUCAACCAGGAAGCUGAAUAUGGUGGACAUGAUCAGAUUGAUUUGUACGAUGAUGUAAUUUCUCCAUCUGCAAAUAAUGGAGAUGCCCCAGAAGAUCGUGAUUAUAUGGAUUCUCUCCCACCAUCAGUUGGAGACGAUGUAGGUAAAGGAGCUGCACCAAACGUUGUCUACACGUAUACUGGAAAGAGAAUUGCCUUGUACAUUGGAAAUCUUACUUGGUGGACAACAGAUGAAGACUUAACUGAAGCAGUUCAUUCAUUGGGGGUAAAUGAUAUUUUGGAGAUUAAAUUUUUUGAAAAUCGUGCUAAUGGCCAGUCUAAAGGGUUUGCCCUUGUGGGCGUGGGAUCAGAAGCAUCCUCCAAAAAGCUGAUGGACUUGCUGCCUAAAAGAGAAUUGCAUGGGCAGAAUCCUGUUGUAACUCCAUGUAAUAAACAAUUUUUGAGUCAGUUUGAAAUGCAGUCAAGGAAAACCACGCAGUCUGGCCAGAUGUCAGGGGAAGGUAAAGCUGGGCCUCCAGGAGGAAGCUCACGAGCAGCAUUCCCACCUAGUAACAGAGGGCGAGGCCGUUUUCCUGGUGCCAUUCCAGGUGGAGACAGAUUCCCUGGUCCAGCAGGGCCAGGAGGGCCGCCACCACCUUUCCCAGCUGGACAAACUCCCCCACGUCCACCGUUAGGUCCUCCUGGUCCACCAGGCCCACCAGGCCCUCCACCUCCUGGUCAGGUCCUCCCACCUCCUUUAGCUGGACCUCCUAAUCGUGGUGACCGUCCACCACCACCAGUUCUGUUUCCAGGACAGCCUUUUGGUCAGCCUCCUCUCGGGCCCCUUCCUCCAGGCCCUCCACCACCAGUUCCAGGCUACGGGCCACCACCAGGUCCGCCACCACCUCAGCAGGGUCCACCUCCACCUCCGGGUCCAUUUCCCCCUCGUCCGCCUGGGCCUCUUGGGCCGCCCCUGACUCUCGCUCCUCCUCCACAUCUCCCUGGGCCACCUCCAGGUGCUCCACCGCCUGCACCACACGUGAAUCCAGCUUUCUUUCCCCCACCUGCCAAUAGUGGCAUACCUACUUCAGACAGCCGUGGCCCACCUCCAACAGAUCCGUAUGGCCGACCUCCACCAUAUGACAGAGGUGACUAUGGGCCACCUGGCAGGCGUUUCACUGGAAAUAACAUGCCCAUAAGAGAAAAAUUACAUAUUCCAUUCUAUGGGAGGCACACGAAAAAUAAUACUCAAAACUCAGGGAGAGAAAUGGAUGCUGCAAGGACACCUCUAAGCGAAGCAGAAUUUGAAGAAAUCAUGAAUAGAAAUAGGGCGAUCUCAAGCAGUGCCAUUUCAAGAGCUGUAUCAGAUGCCAGUGCUGGGGACUAUGGAAGUGCUAUAGAGACCCUGGUAACUGCAAUUUCCUUAAUUAAACAGUCCAAAGUAUCUGCUGAUGAUCGUUGUAAAGUUCUUAUUAGCUCUCUUCAAGACUGCCUUCAUGGGAUUGAGUCCAAGUCUUAUGGUUCUGGAUCCAGAAGACGUGAACGAUCCAGGGAGAGGGACCACAGUAGGUCACGAGAAAAAAGUAGACGCCACAAAUCACGUAGUAGAGAUCGCCAUGAUGACUAUUAUCGGGAAAGAAGUCGGGAAAGAGAGAGGCAUCGUGAUCGCGACAGAGAUCGCGACAGAGAACGAGACAGAGAGAGAGAGUAUCGCCAUCGUUAAAGAAGCUGAAGGAAGAGGAACAGCGUGCAAGACAAGAUACGUUCUUCAAGGAAAGAUGCUUGUCCGGCAGUUUGCUUCAUGUGAUUGAACUGAGCCUGUAAGGAUUCAUGGAUAAAAUGAACAGGAAUAGAUCUGAAUAAAGCAAAUCUGCAUACAUGGUAACCAGUAGCUCUUUUACUUUUUUUAUGUUGCUUAACUGUUUUAUUUGAGGGAAACCUGUGUGAUUUAAACCUUAUAGCUUUUGCAACUUUAUUACUGGUUAUAUACAUUUGGCAAUUAUAAUGUGCAAGCAAUUGGAAAACGUCAAGUAAAUGCUUGUUUUUAUAGUAGUUCGUUCAUGUUAAAAUGUUCAUAUGAUAAUGUCUGUACACAGCACCACUUUGAUUACAGUAGAUGUAGUGUUGUAAUAAACUGUUUAAUGGGGCUGAUGUGUAAAGCUGUUCAAGUUAUUUGAUGUUUACACCUCAGGGAAAGUCUUGUGUUCAGCAAUAUUUAAAGAUAAUGUUACAAUGAAAACAUUGAUGCUGUCUUUAAAAACAUCGCAAUAGUUCUUGCAUAUGCCUCAACCUAAUCUUGCAUUCAGUGAGUUGAACAUACUAAUGUUGCUCUCACACACUCAAUUUUGAUAUGAAGACAGAUGGUUACAAAAACCUUUAAUGCUAUUUUGCUUUCUAGCAGUGUUUGCCUAGGUGGCUUGUGAAUUUGCUAAUUGACAUAUAAAACUGUAAAAACUGCAGUUCCUCAUGGUCUUUCAGGAGGAGAAGUGGUCCCAGGUCUCUGAUUUUAGCACACUGAAAAUGCUCACUUUCAAACAGUCGUGAUUCUGGCUGACACUACAGUUUAUAUUAAGCUGGUUAUAUGAACUUAAACUGUUCAUAUUGAGGGGUGGAAAGGUUAGCUUUAAAAAAAUAGAAGUAAAAAAAAAAAUCUGCAGUUGUUUACAGUUUUAUAGUAAUAGUGCUUGUGUGUGUUUUCCCCCUUCCCCUCCACCCCCAAGGCCGUAGCAGUCUGUACAUAGUUGUAUAUUAGAAAUGUGACAGAAGAAACCAGAUGUUUCCAUUUUUCAGACUUUAUGGGUUUGAUAUUUUCUUAAUACUUUGGGAUUUAUUCACACAUGCAUAUGAAAGAGAAGGUACACUUGUAUGUCCUUGUUCAGUGAUGGGCAAUAUUGAAAUACCUUAGCAAAAAGUGGCGACAAUUAAGUCUGUCAAAUGAGGUUUUGUAAAUUUACCUAAAAACAAUUCACUGGAGCUUGCAGUGGAAGUUGGCUUCCAGUCAAGUGGAUGUUUAAAACAACUUUAAAACAAACAGGAUUUUCUUCUAAAUUUCGUUGCAUGAAGUAUAAGUGAAUAGAAAAAUUCAUGUAAUUUGUAAGAAUUCAGUUUCUGGCAGCCUUGCACAAAGGCUCACUCUUCAUCUAUUGUAAGUCAUUAUGUAAUGGAUUUAUUAUUAGCAUUUUCAUUUAUUCACAUAGCAGCACUUAAUGUUUUCAGUUAAAUUUCAAGACCUCAAAUGGCUUUAAGAGGCAAUUCUUAGACAGCUCUUGAUUUCUUUUAUUUUUUUACUGAUUUUUCUUGAAGGUUUUACAGCAGACCUAAAAUAUGUUACCUUCUUCAGGAAAGCACUUAAAUCCGCUUGCUUUUUCAGAGCAUUCAGAGCACAUGCUUGCAUUCCAUAGAUUUCAAGGAAUGUAAACAUAUGCUUUAGGUUUCUUUUUUUGUGUGUGAUUUUUAUGCUUUACUGAGUUGGGACCAGUAGCCUUUGCAACUGCAGAAGUUUUUGCCUAAGUCUGAAAUGCUCUAACAUUUUUGUCACUUGCCACUUGGCCAGAUUUCAUGCAGCCAGGUUGGUAGUGUUGGAUUUGGCCACAAGCUUCAGACUAUCCCUUUUUUUUCCUUAAAUUGUGUACCUCGAAUCCUCAUGCAUGGGAUCACUGGUGUUUAUUGAACUUUUUGCUACUGAGAAGAUACUCGGAAUGUUUGUUUAAUCCUGUUGAAAAAUGAAAACUGCCUUUUAAAAUUUUGUAAACUGAAAGUUGUAUCAAACGAGUCAUGACUCAUUUCCUGCUUUUUGUGAAUAGGUGUUGGUUACAAACAAUACUGUUGUAAUUUUUAUUUUAUUUUUUACUUAAAACCAUUGUUUACUGCUGUGUGUAAUAAGUUUAAGGGAAGAAAAACCUGCAUAUAGCUGUUACAUGGGGAGUAGCUAAUACUGGAGAGGCAGCAGGUAAGUAAUGUUCCACUGCACAGAUAUAUUCAAUCUUAAAAUAAAGUAAAUUGAAAAGCAUUUUAUGCAGGAACUGAUACUUUACUCCACAUUGAAAUGGAAUUAAGGAGACUGUUGCUCUUUUACAGAGUGUAAUUUCUCAUGCAUACAGAUUUCCAUUGCUGGCAAUGGAAAUAGCAGGGAAGAAAUAGCAGGGAGAAAACAACACAGGUUAAACUGAGUGUUUGUUGUGGCUUGAAAGAUGAGGUCCCCAUAUGAAGCCCCUUAUUUCUGCCUGUGCUCUGAACACCUAGUUUUAACUGACAGAUAUACUGUGUCACAAUUUAGACAGUAUUCUCGUUAUUGUGAGUUCCAUUUGUUAGAUUUUUUUAAAUGAAACAAUAAAUAUGUACAGGAAAAAAAAUCCAAAGACCCUCAUAGACAACCAAAAAGGAAUAUGUCUAAUGCACAUCAUGUAUAACUGGAUCUGUAACACAAUUUGUACCAGGGUUUGGUUUAUUAAAUGUUACUGGCAGUUUCCUGUGCAUGCUCAGGAAAUAGCAGUCCGGUAAUUUACUGGCUGGUGGUGAUGCCACGAUGGCUACUGCUGUGUUCUUUGAUAUUUGCUCAGUUGUAUUUCAUCUCCUUUUGCUGAUGAAAGGAUAAAACACUCUGUGAGGAAAUACUUGAUAUUUCUUUUAAAUACUGUUUUUAUAAGUAAUGUUGAAAAUAACAUAAGGCCAUGUCCCUUAUCUUGAACAACAAAACCAACAAGUAGGGGUGGUGGCGCUUUAGCGACAAGUUGUUUUUGCAGUAGGCUUGGGAUGCUUUUUGUUUUGUUUUGUUGUUUUUUAAAUAGGGUGAGGCUUUUUUUCUUAGUGAAGUUUCUACUGGGCUAUAUAUUUUGACAGGUCAAAAAUAGUUCUUCAAAAGAAGAACAAAAUUUUGGAAACUACAGCCUUUUUCUCUCACUCACUUUUUGCUUUCUGUGCCAAUAACUUUAGUUCUGAUUGCAUCUUGGAAAAACAUGUAUCAGAACUUCACAUUUUUAUUUACAGCGUGGCUUAAAAGCUUGGAUAGCUGUAGUUUUUCUGUGUUAAACAAGAUACCUUACUAAGUUUAGGCUAGCUUGAUGAGUUUUUUCUCCUCUAAGUAGAGAGUGAUUUUGCUUUGAAACUGGUGAGGCUUAGUUUUUCUAACUGUACUUUUCUACCUGAUUGUUUAGUUGCAUACCCAGACCCUUGUAAAUGUUCUCCUAGUUGUAUGUGGAUAAUUUCAGAUUUAAAUGUUGUAUAUACUUGUCAUCUGUGUUUCUAGUAAAAAAUAUGUCAUUCUUUAUAGAAAUACUUAAUUCCUGAUUUCCUUGUCUUAUGCAUUUGCUCUCUCUGUACAGGUUAAACAGACCUCCAAGUCCUUUUUUUUAUUUAUAGAAUUUUAUACGUAGUCUUAUUGUUGGUUCAUGUGAAAUACAGCCUUAAAUUUACUAGCAUAACGCUCAUUAAGGUAGUUUUGUAUGUAGACUCAAAUGUAAAACAUGCAUGUUUGACUGCUACUAUUGAGAGAUCCCAAGACACUAAAUAAAUUUCUUCUGCAUUCAAAUAUAAACCCUUUGAGAUCUUAGAGAAGCAAAGUGCAGAUCCAUGUGCAUGCUCUUAAAGAAGGAAUUAUUUCAAAACAAGUAGUUUGUCUUUGGAAGUAAGCAACAUGGAGUUGUUUGAGAUUUAAAUUAUUUUGGUAAUUGAUUGCAUAGGUCUUAAACAUAAUGGUUCCAGCAGGAGUUGCAGCAUGCUAAUUAGUCAUGGUGUUUAUGCAGAAACGUCUCUUGCAACUGUUUAUUAUACUGCCUUGCAGUAAUGUUGCAGACAGGCUUGGGGUGGGUGAGGGCGUUGGGGUGGCUUUGUGUUGUAUCCCCAGCAUGCCGCCCCCACAACCAGCUCCAGAAGUUAAGAUCUGACAUGCCACGUACUACUCCAAUCAUUUCAGUUUUAGAGGAUGAAUUACUAAGUAACAUGGAAGUUCCUCAAUUUGAUGUUCUCAUGGUUUGUUUGUUUUUUUUUCCAUGUUGGACAAAGUAUGAUAAAGCAUCUCAUCCUAUUUGUAUAUUACGCACUUAUUAGAUCUUGAAUCCUGUCUGUAGCCCCAAUUAUUGCAGUGGGUUUAGGUCCUGGCAUGAUCUAUGUCUGAGCUUAAAUUUUUGAAAGCUGCUUUGGAAAUACACAAGUUUUAUUUAAGUAUCUUGAAAAUGGAAAACAGUAUACCUUUAAUCUCAAUGAAAUUAAGCAUUUCAGUUGUAAAAAUUUCCUUCUAUUCAUACCGUGUAAUGUGAUUUUACAUGACUCAAUGCUAACUAACACUUUGGAAUAUAUUCAAGUAAUAGACUUUGGCCUCACCCUCUUGUGUACUGUAUUUUGUAAUAGAAAAUAUUUUAAACUGUGCAUAUUAUUAUUACAUUAUGAAAGAAACAUUCCCUUGAUCUUCAGAUGUAAGAAAAUGAGGAAUGUGUGUGCUUUUAUAAAUAGAAGCGAUUGCAAUUCAGUUUCCUUAUUAGUGCAGCUGUCCUUUUUAUAUAUAUGUAAAAAAAAGAAAAAAAAAAAAAAAGCCAGGUGUUUUACAGGUGAAAUACAUUCCUAUUUGGUAAACCUUAACAUUUUUAUGAAGAUUACCAGCACUGCUGACUUUCUAACCAUAAGGCUGUAUUGUCUUCCUGUAUCAUUCCAUUUCCUGAUUCCCAUUUUGCACAAGGAUGUAUGAAAAAACUAUUCAAGAAAUGGCUUUGAAAUACAGCAUGGGAGCGUGUAAGAGUUGGAAUGCAAAGUGUAAGGAAAUGGAUGUCUUUCAGAAUGCCCAACUCCAAAGGAUUUUAUAUGUGUAUAGUAAACAGUUUCCUGAUACCAGCAGGCCAAAGAGUCUGUUGAACACUUGCGUUUCUGGAGACCUAUAUUUCUCAACAAGGUAAGAUGGUAUCCUAGCAAAUGUGGAUUUUAAUACAUCUUCAGGAGAGGUACUUAGUUAAUCUAUAAGUUUAGGGAUUAUUUCAUCGUUUUUAGAUGUUAUACUUGAAAUAUUGCAUAACUUCUAGCUUUCAUGGGUUUCUUUUUUUCAGCCUUUAGGAGACUGUUAAGCAAUUUGCUGUCCAACUUUUGUGUUGGUCUUAAACUGCAAUAGUAGUUUACGUUGUAUUGAAGAAAUAAAGACCAUUUUUAUAUUAAAAAA